AACAUGGGGACAGAAAAGCUUAAGUGUGUGGAGUGGGGAGGGACGAGGGGAGUGUUCACCCAAAGCUAGUAUAUGUGGCUAUGCCGUCAAGGAAUCUACAAAGCAAAUCCUUACAGAUUUGCUUUAACAAACCCCUUACUCCAGGAGGGUUCAGCCUAUGCUCUGCUGUGUCCUAUGCAGCUCCCAGAAGGAAUGCUCUAUAAUUCUCUUGCUCAUUUCCUCAUAUACCAGAUACUAUAAUGAAUGGAUUUUAAGAUAUGAGAUAAUAAACACAAAGAAUAUGGUAUGUGUUACUAAGUUUUGCUAUAUAUGCUUUGGCCUGAACCAGCUAAAAUGUCCGGGAAUCUCUUAGACUCUACCUUUUUUUUCCUUCUUAGUGGUUAUCACUCUGUGGACUUCGGUAUUUAUCACUCCUAUGCACGUUUUAAAGUUCCACACAUGUUACUACCCAUACGGAAUAUGUCGUAGCGCUUGCAACUCUACAUUGUAGUGGUGCCCUACAGCUCACACCUCAUGGCCAGAACUUUUUCCUCAAGGUUGUUUGUUGAUGUUUAUCCACAGUGAUACCUGCCGUUGUAGAUGAUUUAUUUAUAGAGAUUAACAUCAGGUCAGAAAAAUCUUCUAUAAAGAACCAGAGAGUACAGGUUCUGUAAUGAUAACUCCAUACUGCUGUCACUACAAAAGCAGCCAUCCCCAAGCAGACAUGGCUAUUUUCCAAUAAAACUUUAUUAAUAAGCACUGACACUUGAACUUAGUUUAAUUUUCAUGUCACAGAUUUUUUUUUUCAACCAUUUUAAAAUGCAUAAGCCACUCUUAACUCCUAAGCCAGACAAAGCAAGCAGUGACCAAUUUGGCUCCGACGCCGUCCUUUACUAAGCCCGCCUCUAUGGUAUAUCAUUGUCAUGACUUCUGAAUCCAUCUCCUUGUUAUUGGAUGCCAAGACCGAGAGCUCCUUGGUGACCCCCUGCAUCACCCACACAAUUUAGAGGGAAAUGAUUUGUGAGACUUACAAAAUAAAAUAUUUAUCCUCUGUUAUUAGGUCAUAGAAUGUCAUUUAUCUUCAACAAUCUGACUUAGGCCAAACCUGCUAAAUUUAUUCUUUUUAAUCUUUUAACUACUUUUGUUUAUUUGAUCAACUCACUUGUUAGUGUCACAUUAAAAGUCUUUCUGUGAAAGGGUUCUUUUUUAUUAUUUGUCCAGAUCUUCGUCUUAUAUAAUUCAGAGUUAUGCAAUCAUGGAUGUACACAUUGACAUUUUCAUAUCUUUGUGAUGUAUUGUUUUAAUGAUGAUGGAGUGUGCAGCUGGCCAGUCUUGCUGUCUCCUGAUUCUGUUACUCCCAGUGACCCAUGUCUUUGCUUUCAUGCUUUGUGUGUGGUCCUUUUGGGAGUGUCACUUGUAAGCAGCAUGGCAUGGGCAGGUUUAAACUGGUUCUGGUGUGGUGGAUAAAGACAUGUCCCAGGCUACCUGGGUCCUAGUCUUGACUCCUCCAUUCAUCUGUGUGUGGUGCUAGGCAAGUUCUUUAAUAUCUCAACAUUGGACUGUUGAGGAGAUUCAGUGUUCUUAACACAAAGCCUAGCAGAGCGUAAGCAGUCAUGGAUAGCUAUUGAAAAUAUUUUAUUGUUAUUAUUGAUGCACCUGGUCUCAUUUACACUGUGAUUUUGUCUUUUCUCAUUAUCAUUCUUUUGUCUUUGCUUACUCUCUCCUUUCCUGUAAAGAUUUUCCUCUUAUUCCCUCUAUGUCUUAAAUGGUCUAAAGAUGGUAUAUCUAGUCUUUCAGUGAUCACAAUGUAAAUGUUUAUGAUUUAUUAAGCCAUAUUUGAUACAUAGUUUGAUAAGUAUAGAGAUAAUUUUUUAGUCAAUGUAGUUAACAUUGCUAUUACCCCGUCCUAUGUUUAUCUAUUUGGUAUCCAUUAAUUACAGGGCCAAUUAAUAAGCUAUUUGUAUUUCCCCAGUGAGCCAGAGGUCAAAUGCCAGAACCAUCACCUUAUCGAAUGCUCACAAAUUGAAUUAAUAUUCUCCUGCCCUAAUUAACCCUUACCAGGCUGCAGAUAUAUAGGGAUAACCUAUCUCUACACCCAAAGCCACUAGGUUUGUUUAGAAACCAAGCUUAAGUGUUCCCUGCCUGCCUUAUCUUCCCCAAAGAUACUCUAGUAAAGGUUGUGGUCUAGGCUUUCUCUUCCUUCUACCACCUUCUGACCUAGGCUGCUACUUCCUGGUGUGACCUUGUUUGGAAUUUCCUGGCCUACUUUCCUGGGAAAAGAAAAAGUCUUUUGAUAGUGUUGGCAUUUCUUCUACAAAUCCGAACACUGAGGUAGAAAUGUAUACUUCCCAAAUGUUUCCUCGUGGCUCUUCACCUCUCUUCAUAUUCCUCCUUCCCCACUCUCCCAGCAACGCAUGUCCACUUUCUGUUGGUAUACAUUUGUAUUUCUAGAGGUCAUUUUCUUGCUCUUUAGAGACAGAGUCUCUCCAUGUAGUCCUGGCUGUGCUGGAACUUACUACGCAGACCAGGCUGGGUUUGAACUCAGAGUUCUGCCUGCCUCUACCUCCCAAGUACUGGAAUUCAAGCCCUGUGGCUCGGGCCUAGUUAUAUUUUCUACAUCAUGUGUCCUCAUAUGCUUUUUGACUAUAUUGUUUAUUCUGUGUUGCACCUCGAAUUUCUUAUUAUACUGUCUCAUUUUACUAAAGAUAGCUUCACCAUAUCCACCCUAGAGUCUGAGAAAAAAAGAUUUAUAAAUCCAACCAAACUCUGUCCAGUACCCUGUACAAAGAAAUUGUGUGGUAAAUAUUUCCUAGUUAAAUAACACAAACAGCUUACAUGUUUGAUUGUUAUAUUCUUAUUUAAAAUUAUGCAACUAUUACAAAUAAUCACAUUUUCAUACAAGCAAAGGAUAUCAUCGAAAUAAGUUUGCAAUUUAACUUUUAAAUCAUCAUAUGGUAAUAUUCUGUCAACAAACAUAUUUUUUUAGGAAAGGCUUUGUUAUGCCUCCCCCCCUUUCUUUUAGACAACAUUUUGGGACCACCUCAAAAUUUUGGAUUUCUCUAAUAUUUAUUAGUUUCCGUUUCUCUGCGUUUUGUGAUGCUUUGGCUAUAGAAUCUGUCACUGCCUUAAGAGUGCCUCUGUUUUGCUUCCUAAGCUGUGUUGGCUGAUGCUUAACAUUUCGUGUUUUACAAAGUGGUGCAUAGCAAGAUGGAGGGUGUCAAUCUGGAAAGUGUGCUGUGGUCGUCCAUGAAGGGACGUUGAAAAGUUCUCUUUUCCCACAGAACUGAGGUCCCUCCUCUUUCUCACAGCUACUAUCUGGUAUGAAUUUAUUAGCUCAGGAUUUACAAAGAACAUGAGAAGAGUCUAGGGAUCCUUUAAACACAUAAGGAUGUUGGGUCACUUAACACAACCAGUCAAACCAGUGUGAUCCUAUAAAAUGGUCACAGCUGGUGGAGUCCAGAGAUCAGAAAGGGCCACCAGCUAGCUGGGUCAGAGCUUCCGCGAUGAGCCCAAGUCUCAAUUGUCUUCUCUCGUCUCUACAGAGAAGCGGAACGUGCACCAAUUCUUUGAUUGCCAUCUCGACUAUUUGUGUGCAGCAACUGUUCUCCUCUUACACAUUCAGUUGUCCGUGUCAAGCCGGAAAGAACUUCUACUACGGUACAGCUUUUCUCCUGGUUCCUGCCUUGAUCCUUCUGAUUGCCGGCUAUGCUCUCAGAGGCCAGAUGUGGACGGUCGCCAGCGAAUACUGCUGCGGCAGCUGUACCCCUCCGUACCGGAGAAGCAGCCCUCUGGAGAGGAGGCUGGCCUGCCUCAUGUUCUUCAACAUCACCGGCAGGGCGCUGGUUGCUCCACUGACGUGGCUGACAGUGACCCUGAUGACAGGCACCUACUAUGAAUGUGCGGCAAGUGAGUAUGCCUCUGUGGACCAGUACCCAAUGUUCGCUAAUGUCUCUGCCAGCAAACGGGAAGAGAUCCUAGCUGGGUUUCCAUGCUACACGUCGGCUCCUUCUGAUGUGAUGCCCGUAAGAGACGAAGUGGCUCUUCUCCACAGAUACCAGUCACAAAUGCUGGGCUGGAUUUUGAUCAUUUUGGCAACCAUUGCUUUUCUGGUCUCCAAAUGUCUGGGAAGAUGCUGCUCUCCUCUCACCUCUAUGCAGCAUCACUACUGGUCCAACCACCUCCAGAGUGAGAGGGCGCUCUUUGAACAAGCCGCCGAGGAACACUCACGACUUCUCAUCAGACAUCGCAUCAAGAAAGUGUUUGGUUUCAUUCCUGGGAGUGAAGACAUCAAACAUAUUCGCAUUCCUUCGUGCCAGGACUGGAGAGAUAUUUCCAUACCCAAUAUUCUAUGUGUGGGUGACACCACACAGGGUCCCUAUAGCUUCCUCGGUGAAAGGGUGGUUGAGGAAAAUGAGGAAGACAGACAAGAAGGUAUUGAACUGAAGCCUUGAUAGCUGCACCUUUCAAGUUCAGGGCGCUUGAUUUUCUGAUGCUAAGGUUCCGGUGCAAACUCUUCCUUUUCUAUCUCUCUGACACUAUUUACAGAAGUCCACCCAACAUCUUAAUUCUAAAACCAAUUUAUAGAGAGACAACCUCCCAUUCUUAUGAAAUAUCAACAUGGGGUCAUGAUGACUAUUGUGUCAUGUUGGUCCAUUUUAAAUGGGUACGGAAUUUCAAGUCAUGUCAAAUAGGCAUUCAGCUCUGUUAGUGGGUGCCCGUGUGAAAAAUCAGCGCGAGUGGUAUUUUGCCACACGCCCAUAUUAGCGACCUCAGAGAGCUGUUGCGAGAAGAUGGAAAGCGAUGACAGUUUGUCUUCGAUUCGAAGACCGCAAACCGAAAUCGCUUUCCUCCUUCCGCUCUGAAUUCUGUCUUCUACCACGGUCUUUCCUCACUCUAGUCUUUGGUUUUCCCCGUGUCUUCAUUUAAAUGAAACAUUUUAUUGCCUUCUCCUCUUUUCUCGAAUCGGAAUAUGUGGCCUACUAGAGGGGAAGGUAGAAUAAAAUGGCCUCGGAGAACUGCUUAGCUCUCCAGAUCCAGCGUAUCCAAUGCCGCUGUCCUCCGCAGGCACCCGCCUCACAGGACCGCAACCCCAGAGAGACUCACGCAUGUACACAACUCUAAAAAUAAAGAAAUAGAGCCCGAGGAGGCCACCAGUUUUCCCUGCCAGGCGUCGCUAGCUGUAAGCUUUAACAUCUGACUUCGUCUAGCAUAUCUUGAUUAGGUUUGCCUCAGACCUGAUUCCUGCCACGUUCGCUUAAGCACACGCAUCAUCGGAUCACGAAAAGAUCUGAAAGCUUUGGUUUAUUCUUGUCUUUAGUCAAAAUGACUUUUGAUUGCCAGAGAACCAACUGCUGAAGGUCAGCUUUACUCUCAAGGAGAUCAAAUAACUGGAUUAUUUAAAAUGCCACCAGUUUCUUUCUUUCUUUCUUUCUUUCUUUCUUUCUUUCUUUCUUUCUUUCUUUCCUUUUUUAUUAUUUUUUUCAGACAGGGUUUCUCUGUGUAACAGCCCUAGCUGUCUUGAAACUCACUUUGUAGACCAGGCUGGCCUUGAACUCAGACAACUGCCUGCCUCUGCCUCCUUAGUGCUGGGAACUGAAGCACGAUUAAUAAAAACUCAGAGAGUGAAAUUGGGGUUCUACCUGAGGUCCAAAAAGCAAAGCAGCCAGCCACUGGCUUUUACUUCAACCUCAGUCUGAAAAUGGUGGUCCUGCCUCCAGGAAUCUACAAGUGAGACUUGGACUGAGAGCUGUCUCCUCCCAUUUUAUAAUCCUCUCCAGAGCUGGACAUGAACCACUACCAACUGGUUUCUAUGGCAAGCUAGUGUGUCUACUGAGAUUAAAGGUGUGUGUUAUUUCUGACUGGUUUAUAAGUCUUGC